UCUGCAAAUGCAAAACACACAGCAAAAAUUCCAGUGUUAAAUAUACAGUGUGAUUUUUUUGGUGUUGUUCAGUGUUAAAACUGGAGUACAUUUUAAUCCACGAGUGUGAAAACGCGUAUAUUUAAGAGUUUUUUUUUUCAGUGUUAAACUUUUAACCCAAUAUGCAGUGUAUUUCUCAUCAGUGAUGGGAAGUCCAUUUUUUUUUUUACUUGAACCGGUUCUUUAGGACAAACAGUGAUCAAACCAGUAUGUUUUACGAGUCUUGAUGAUAUAAUCAAUUAUAUGAUAUAAUAAAUUAAUUCUCAUCAGAAACAGUGAACUAUAUGCACAUGCAUAUUCUAUUAAUAUUAAAUUGUUAUUAAAUGAUCUUAUUUUAAUAAAUCAAUGUUUCAUAAGAUGAUAAUAGCAUUAGCACAAAAUAGUCCAAAGAAUUAGUUUGGUUCAGACAACGGUCAUGAGCUUGAAUGUGUUCGGCCGCUUCAGGAGUCACAGCACUUCACGCAUGCGCACAGUUUUAGCUCUUAGGUUCUUAAAUCGGACGGGUCCGAAAGAAACCGCAUUUCGUUCACGUAGCUCUCGGUUCAGUGUACUUGUGAUCCAAAACAGCUGCAACCGGUUCUUAACUCGAGAACGAGGUUCGAGAACCGUUGCAGCUGUUUUAGAACCAUCAGUACACUGAACGAGAACCUGUUUCUUUAGGAUUUUUUAAGCCGAUGAAGUGAAGCACGUUCAUACGCUGUUCGAGUAACUAAAUAAUUUAACUUAUUUAUUUUUUAAUCAGAGAAAGUGCCAGGCACGGUUAAAAAGCAAGGAUUUUGAAGUAAUUUGUGAUUAGUGAUUAAUGGAGACUGUGAACAGUUUCAAACGAUUCAGUUGGACUUGAUGAACUGAUUCACUAGGACGAUCCAGGUAAAUUGAUUGAUUCGUUCGCGAAUCGGACAUCACUAUUUCCCACGAGGCUCAGCUCCGCGGCUGUCUUUUCAGUUGGAGAUCCCACGGAGGUUGGCUUGGAGGCUCCGAGUUCAGUGCUACAAUGCUCUUCAAAGUCAUUUAUGGAGGCAAAAAGAAGUUGAUUAAGGUAGAUGAAGUUGAUUACAGCAGUCUAAUAAAAGAAGUCAAGAAGAAAUUUUCCAUCGAGCAAAAGGAUCUGGUUUUGCAAGAUGACACCGGUGUGGAGGUAGAUAAAGAUGUUUUCACUGACGUGCUGGAGGAGAGAUCGCGUGAUAUACUUUGGAGAGUCAUUGACCAAGAUUCAGAAUGCACAGUCCUCGAUUCUUGUAGCUCCCACUCAGACACACUAGUUCUCACCCCAAACCACACUGAAACUGAUGACCGUGCUGGGCCAAGCAUGAAGAGACCUCGUUUUGAUGAAGCUUUUGAGGCUAAGCAGUUUGUUAGUGAAAUUUUGAAAGAAAAGGCUGGUGGACUUGCCGUUUUGGCCGAAUAUAAUGAACAUGGAAAACUCACAGAUUCAACCCGGCGACAGUUAGUCAACAUCGUUGUUGCAUACAUAACUGAAAAAGAAGGUCGUGUCCCUUCCAAAGAAACAAAAACACGCUGUGCCUUGGGAAUUGUAACUCUUUGCCCAUCACUGAAGGAUCCAUACUCAAGAACUGGAUAUGAACAUUUCUAUGACCCCAAGAGCAAUCAAGGAUACAUAUCAUGGCGUCUGAAAACAGUUUCACGCCGAAGCAAAAGCCAGAGCACAAGAAAUGCCAGGUCAAGUGCAGCAUCGGAUGAUGAAGGCAACGGAGGACCAACAGCUAACAGAGCCAACUGGAACUAUUUGGAAAAGCAGCUCGAUGGCGACCAAUGCAAAGAAGCCAUAUCAUUUAUGAGUCAUUGUGCUGACAAGGACCAGAUUUUUGAGAAGAUGAAAUUAACAUUCAAGCACAGACAGCAGCUUAUUCAUGAUGCAGAGAAGUCCAGCACAGCUCUUUCAGUUUUUCCAAGAUUUCUCGACACAAAGGGAUUGGUUCUUCAAGACUUUGACAUCAAAUUUGGAACUGAAACCGCUUCCAGACUACUAGAACAAUGGGACACUUUAAAGCCAAAGAUCAUCGCAGAGGCGAAAACGCUUAAUUCAAACUUGUACCUAAACAGCCUGCUUGCAGCUGGCACUGGACAGAACCUGGAAUGUGAAUGGCAAGGAUGGGACAGUGACAUGUCCUGUCUUUUACUACUGGCUUUCCUUUUGCCACCUUCAGCAGGUGGUAGAAACAAUUCAACAAAGAUCAGCAUUAAGGAGGCAAUGGAUCAUGUUGUGCAGUUUCACAAGGCUUGUUGCAGUCUAACUGAAUAUGUUGAGAAGACUGAAGGCCUGCAACCACAUCUCCUUGCAGUUGGCUCUGCAAAGAAUGCCAUUCAUGAGUUCUACAUUGUUCUGGAUGGAAAACUUCUACCAUGUCAGGCAAAGUCAUCCCUUUCUGCUUUUGACGAACUGUUUAAAGCGUAUUUUGUUUUUAGUGUGUCAUACCCCCACUCCUUAAAUGCAAUGUUUACAUUUGUUCAGACAACAAUCUACAAGAUUGGUUGUGGCACAGUUCGUGAAACCCCAAGGGUAAAGGACCUACGAGCCAAACUUCUGAAUUAGCUCUCUUGACUGACUGAAAAUGUUCCGCUGUUUUGCUUGUAAAGCGGUACAUUUAACAAUUAAUGACCUCAUUCGUCAUCUAAAACUCAUUCAUGCUUAUUAUCCUGGGAAAAAAUUGAACUUGAAAUGUGCACAGAACAAUUGCAAGCAUAGCUUCAUGACUUAUGCCGGAUUUCGAAAACACUUGAGUAGUGUUCAUAGACAUGAAUUUCUAGACCAAGCAGAGACUGAAAAUCAGACUGAAGAUACUGAACCGUCACAUUUAAAUAAUCAUAAUGAACAACAACCUGAGACACCACUCGGUGAUAAAAGGAGGGUGAUUGACACUCAAGAAAUGUGUGCAUCUAUUGUUGCUAGAUUGCAAAAUAGUGGAGUAGCAACCAGUGUUGUAACUUCUGUAAUAUCGGACAUGGAGGAACUGGUCCAUGAAAUACAUUCUGAUAUUAAAAGUAAAGUAAUGAAUUUACUUCCAGCAAAGGAUUUUGCAACACCAUCCUAGGUAGAUGACUGUUUUAGUAGUCUGAAUAAUCCAUUCACAAAUCUAAACACAGAACACAAAUGGAAAAAAUAUUUCAAAGACAAAUGGGCUGUUGUCGAUCCUACUGAGAUAAAGCUAGGUGUACGAUUUGACAGUAGAUUGAAUCGAGUGACGAGGACUUAUGAUCAAGUUCCUGUAACUGACAAGUUCAUUUACAUUCCCUUUUUGAACACAUUGCAGUUUAUAUUUAGGAAUUCGGAUAUAUGUAAACAUAUGACAAGUCCAAGUGCGAGUACAUCUGUCUAUAAAGAUUUUUGUGAUGGGGAUUAUUUUAAAAACCACCCACUUUACAGUAAACAUAAAAAUGCACUUCAGAUACAGUUAUACUAUGAUGAUUUUGAAUCUGCUAAUCCGCUGGGCUCGAAGCAAGGCAUUCAUAAAAUUGGAGUAAUUUACUUUAUUCUCAGGAACUUUCCACCCAAAAUGAAUUCAAGCUUAAUGAACAUACAUUUAUUGUCAUUAUUCUAUGCACAGGAUAUUAAAAACUAUGGAUUUGAUGCAAUUUUGCGGCCCCUUGUUGAAGAUUUAAAAGUCCUUGAAAGUUCUGGCAUUCCAGUUCCUUUCUCCAAAGAUCCCUUGUUUGGCACUAUUGCACAGGUUACUGGCGACAACUUGGGAAUGCACACAAUUCUUGGUUUUAUGGAAUCUUUUAGUGCCCUUUACUUUUGUCGGUUCUGUUUAGUAGACAAAAAAACAUCUCAGUCUGUUUUCAGUGAAGACGACACUAAUAUUACAUUAAGAAACAAAGCGUUACAAGAACAGCACUAUGCAGAUUUGGUAGCUGACCCUAGCAUUACUUCAUCUUUUGGGGUUAAGCGUACAUGUCUAUUUAAUGACUUAAAAUACUUUCAUAUUUGUGACAACUACUCCCCUGAUAUAAUGCACGACAUCCUCGAGGGUGUUGGUCAGUAUGAAAUGAAGUUACUUCUUGAAUAUCUUUCUGGCAUUAUACCAAGACAAGACGUAUGUAACAGAAUCUAUUCUUUCAAUUAUGGCUUUCUUGAAAGAAAAAACCGACCCACUAGAUUAAAU